AUGAGUGGAAGGGCCCGAGCGAGGGCCAGAGGCGUCGCCCGCAGCAGCUUCAAAGCCACAGAAGUGGGGCGCACACAAGCCUCGUCGUUGCCUACAUCUGUUGAUCUUAGUAACAAUGAAGCAUCCUCUAGCAGUGGCUUCAUGGGAACAAGCAGGAUUUCAACAAACCGUAAAUAUGAGAUAUCUUCUUGUGAUGCUGGAAGUACCUUCAUGGAAAGAGGUGUGAAAAAUAAACGGGACUUCAUGGAUUUGGAUAUCUGUACCAGAGAAAAAUUGGCACAUGUGAGAGACUGUAAAACAGGUUCCAGUGGAAUACCUGUGAAACUGGUUACAAACCUCUUUAACUUAGAUUUUCCCCAAGACUGGCAGCUAUACCAGUACCAUGUGACAUAUCUACCCGAUUUAGCGUCUAGAAGGCUGAGAAUUGCUUUACUUUAUAGUCAUAGUAAACUUUCUGACAAAGCAAAAGCAUUCGAUGGUGCCAUGCUUUUUCUGUCACAAAAGCUAGAAGAAAAGGUCACAGAAUUAUCAAGUGAAACUCAAAGAGGCGAGACUGUAAAGAUGACUAUCACCCUGAAGAGGGAGCUGCCAUCAAGUUCUCCCAUGUGCAUCCAGGUCUUCAAUAUCAUCUUCAGAAAGAUCCUCAAAAAAUUGUCUAUGUACCAAAUUGGACGGAACUUCUAUAAUCCUUCAGAGCCAAUGGAAAUUCCCCAGCACAAAUUAUCCCUUUGGCCUGGGUUUGCCAUUUCUGUAUCAUAUUUUGAAAGCAAGCUCCUGUUUAGCGCGGAUGUGAGUUACAAAGUCCUCCGGAAUGAGACCGUUCUAGAAUUCAUGACUGCUCUCUGUCACAGAACUGGCUUGUCCUGUUUCACCCAGACAUGUGAGAAGCAGCUAAUAGGGCUCAUUGUCCUUACAAGAUACAAUAACAGAACCUACCGCAUUGAUGACAUUGACUGGUCAGUGAGGCCCACGCACACCUUUCAGAAGCGGGAUGGAACUGAGAUCACUUACGUGGAUUACUACAAGCAGCAAUAUGAUAUUACCAUAUCUGACCUAAAUCAGCCCGUACUUGUUAGUCUGUUAAAGCGGAAGAGAUAUGACAACAGUGAGGCUCAGCUCGCCCACCUGAUACCUGAGCUCUGCUUUCUAACAGGGCUGACUGAGCAGGCAACCUCUGAUUUUCAGCUGAUGAAGGCUGUGGCUGAAAAGAUGCGUCUGAGUCCUUUGGGCCGGCAGCAGCGCCUGGCCAGGCUUGUGGACGACCUCCAGAGGAACACCAAUGCUCGUUUUGAACUAGAGACCUGGGGACUGCAUUUUGGAAGCCAGGUAUCUCUGACUGGCCGGAUUGUGCCUUCAGAAAAAAUAUUAAUGCAAGACCACAUAUGUCAACCUGUGUCUGCUGCCGAUUGGUCCAAGGAUGUUCGAACUUGCAAAAUUUUGAGUGCACAGUCUUUGAAUACCUGGUUGAUUUUAUGUAGUGACAGAACUGAAUAUGUUGCCAACAGCUUUCUGAACUGCUUGAGAAGAGUUGGAGAUUCCAUGGGAUUUAUUGUGGACUACCCUAAAAUCAUAAAAGUACAAGAAACUCCAGCUGCAUUUGUUAGAGCUGUACAGCAACAUGUUGAUCCUGAUGUUCAGUUGGUAAUGUGCAUUCUGCCUUCUAAUCAGAAGACCUAUUAUGAUUCCAUUAAAAAAUAUUUGAGCCUAGACUGCCCAGUCCCAAGCCAAUGUGUGCUUGCUCGGACCUUGAAUAAACAGGGAAUGAUGAUGAGUAUCGCCACCAAGAUUGCCAUGCAGAUGACCUGCAAACUCGGAGGCGAACUGUGGGCUGUGGAAAUACCUUUAAAGUCCCUGAUGGUGGUCGGUAUUGAUGUCUGUAAAGAUGCACUCAGCAAGGAUGUGAUGGUUGUUGGAUGCGUGGCCAGUGUUAACCCAGGAAUCACCAGGUGGUUUUCACGCUGUAUCCUUCAGAGAACAACCACUGAUGUUGCAGAUUGCUUAAAAGUUUUCAUGACUGGAGCACUCAAUAAAUGGUACAAGUACAAUCACGAUUUGCCAGCACGGAUAAUUGUGUACCGUGCUGGUGUAGGGGAUGGUCAGCUGAAAACACUUAUUGAAUAUGAAGUCCCACAGCUGCUGAGCAGUGUAGCAGAAUCCAGCUCAAAUGCCAGACUGUCAGUGAUUGUGGUCAGGAAGAAGUGCAUGCCACGAUUCUUUACUGAAAUGAACCGCACUGUACAGAACCCCCCACUUGGCACUGUCGUGGAUUCAGAAGCAACACGUAAUGAAUGGUAUGACUUUUAUCUGAUCAGCCAGGUGGCUGGUCGGGGAACUGUUAGUCCUACCUACUAUAAUGUCAUCUAUGAUGACAACGGCUUGAAGCCCGACCACAUGCAGAGACUUACUUUCAAAUUGUGCCACCUGUACUACAACUGGCCGGGCUUAAUCAGUGUCCCAGCCCCAUGUCAGUAUGCCCGCAAGCUGACCUUUCUGGUGGCACAAAGCAUUCAUAAAGAACCCAGUUUAGAAUUAGCCAGCUUUCUCUUCUACCUGUGAUGGCAUGAACCACUGGCAUCACUAGAUAAAGAAUUCCAGAAGAAAUUGGUAUACUUUGUGCAAAUCUGCCACAAGCUCAAGGCUGUAAUGGGGGAAAAGAUUGAACUUGGUUUUCGUGUCUGUGAUAAAAAGAAAAACUUAAUCUGAAACAGUUUAAAGAAAUGUGUGUUACUAUGUUCUUAAAGAGUUAUAUGCUUGGGGUAAAUUCUCAUUGUCACAUAUGGAAUUUAAAUAUACCAUCAUCUAUAAAGAACUCUACAGAGUUAAAUAAGUUAAACACUUAAAGAAAGUAAGUGUUUGCAUGAUAUUUUGAUGAUAAACAGUCUAAUUCCAACCCCAAAUUUUGCUGAGGUUUUCUUAAUGUUGUAGAGCAUUUUGUAGAGUGGUUUAAAUAGUUAUUAGAAAAUAAAGUUCAGAGCAUCA